UUCUCUCCUCUUUUUGCAACAGAGAUUAAGAGUAAGGUAUCACAUUGGGUUAUUUUGGCUGUCAUUGUCCUGUGACUUCCCUAUCAACCUCAAGUACUUCUGGAGUCCCUUUCCUUUCUCCACUUUGCCCUAAGAGAGUUAACCCUUCCACUGCCUUCAAGGAAGUUAGCAUCUAGCAUCACCUUCCAGUUGUGGGAGAGAAUACUUCCUCCUUUGCUUCUCCAGGCCCAGCCCAUUCAAGCAGCGUCUCCCCACCCCCUCGAGUCUCUUAGAGUUAAAGCUGCUGGGAUCACAUCUCCCUGGCAGCCAGUGCUUUCUUAACCCGGUCUUGGAAGGUAGCUGAUUUCUACCAGAGGAAGAAGACAGUGAAAUGUGCUCUACUGAGUAGGGAUGGUUAUGCAAGAUUCGAGGAGGAGAAGGAAGCUGAGAGAGGAGCUGGUGAGUCAGAGGAAAAAAGCUGUACAGCUUAGCUGGCAGAGCCUUCAGAGUGGUGGAGAAGCCCAAGCUGUUGACAAGCAUGAUACCACCCAAAAGAAUGAAGCUCCUGCUGUUCCUGGCUUCCCAGAUGGCCAUCUUCAUUCUGUUCAUCCUUGUGUACUCCCACAAUGACAACUCCCUGCAGGUGAAGGAGGAACCCAAGUCCCCGCACACGCAUGUGCUGGUCCUGUCUUCGUGGCGCUCUGGCUCCUCUUUUGUAGGGCAGCUUUUUGGACAGCACCCAGAUGUCUUUUACCUGAUGGAGCCCGCCUGGCACGUGUGGAUGACCUUCACACAAAGCACAGCCCAGAGGCUGCAUAUGGCUGUGCGGGACCUCAUUCGGGCCAUCUUUCUGUGUGACAUGAGUGUCUUUGAUGCCUACAUGAAUCCUGGCCCCCGGAAACAGUCCAGCCUAUUCCAGUGGGAUGGCAGCCGGGCCCUGUGUUCCCCACCUGCCUGCAACCUCUUCCCGCGAGAUAAGAUCAUACCCCAGGCCCACUGCAGGAUUCUGUGCCACCAGCAGCCCUUCGAGGUGGUGGAGGAGGCCUGCCGCACCUACAGCCACGUGGUGCUCAAGGAGGUGCGCUUCUUCAACCUGCAGGUGCUCUACCCUCUGCUGAGAGACCCUUCCCUCAACCUGCACAUUGUGCACCUGGUCCGGGACCCCCGCGCAGUGUUCCGGUCCCGAGAACACACCACGAAUGAACUUAAGAUUGACAGCCACAUUGUGAUGGGGCAGCACUGGCAGAAACUCAAGAAGGAGGAUCAACCUUACUAUGCGAUGCAAGUCAUCUGCCAAAGCCAGCUGGAGAUCUUCAAAGCUGUACAGUCCUUGCCCAAAGCCCUAAGGCAGCGCUACCUGCUCGUGCGCUAUGAGGACUUGGUCCGGGACCCCCUGGGCCAAACUGCCCGAAUGUAUGAAUACGUAGGGCUGAAAUUCUUGCCCCGGCUCCAGACUUGGGUACAUAAUAUCACUCGAGGCAAGGGCAUGGGUAAGCACGCCUUCCACACAAAUGCCAGGAAUGCGCUCAAUGUCUCUCAGGCCUGGCGCUGGUCCCUGCCUUAUAAAAAGGUUUUUCGACUUCAGAAAGUCUGCAGGAAUACCAUGAACCUGCUGGGCUACCACCUUGUCACAUCAGACCAAGAGCAGAAAAACCUGUCGCUGGAUCUUCUGUCUACCUGGAGCCCCUAUGAGCUGGUCUACCAAGAGGAUUAA